AAGUCUGACAGGAAUGAGGUCAGACACACCGAUCCUCAUUGCACAUUAUUAUUAUUAUUACCCGUUUUUUUUAUUCAACCAAUAGGAUGGCGGGGAGGAGUGGCCUGACUGAAAAAUCAGGAUGGAGACAGACGCUGAUUGGCCUUUAUAUCUCGCGAUGAGAGUAUAAAACGGCGAGGUUCUCGUUGUUGUGUUUACAGUAAUAUUACAGAGCGCUCAGGAAACAGGGAGACUAUGAGAAAGCGCAGCCGCUCCAUUCAACCACAUGGUUCCUCAACCGCACAGACAAGCUGCGCUGCAGACAGCCAGGUUCACUUAAGGGACUUGCACUGCUGUUACUCACAGCGGCGCGUUUUGAACCUUGCAGGGCGAGUUUUCAGCCGCACAGGCAGUUGAAAGUUGCUGUUAGUUUCAGGAUUUAUUUUUUGUUUCCGCGUAGCGCACUGAUAAAAGUUGAGAGACCAAGCGUUUCUAAAACGGGCUGAACUGAAAAGAAGAUACUUGGAUGAACUUUUUAGAGCUGCAUUGAGCACUUGUCUGGCUUUAAAGCGCUUGAAAUAAGAACAAGUGAGGAGUAUUUUUGUGAAAGCCUAAUAGGCAUAUUUUUGCGCACUUGAACUUUGUGAAAGCACUGACCAGUGUUUCCAGACACUUGGAGAAAAGGAUGGUGCAACACAUGAGCCAGACAGAGAGCGCCCACGCUCAUUCCCCCGGCGGGGACUCCACGGACACGGGAGAAAUGGACUUGGAGAUGGACGCGUCUCCGACCCCCGAGUCCCCCUCCUCCGGUGAGCGCAGCGAUUUGGCUUGGUGCAAAACUCCAACGGGGCACAUCAAGAGACCCAUGAACGCGUUCAUGGUCUGGUCACAGAUUGAGAGGAGGAAGAUUAUGGAGCAGUCGCCGGACAUGCACAACGCGGAGAUCUCCAAGCGGCUGGGGAAGCGCUGGAAGCUGCUGAAAGACACAGACAAGAUACCGUUCAUCCGCGAGGCGGAGCGGCUGAGACUCAAACACAUGGCAGACUACCCAGACUACAAGUACCGACCCAGGAAGAAAGUCAAGUCGGGAAGCGGCGCGAGCAAGCAGGCGGACCGCGGGGAGAAGAGCGGGGAGCGCAGCGCCAAAGCCGGUGUGAAAAGAAGCCCCGCAUCCAAAGGAGUGAGCAGGACGCACAAACAGGGGGGCGUGAAGAGCGCUCCGGGGCAGGAGUAUGCGUCUCCCGGCGACCAUCAGGCGCUUUUCAAAUCCAGGUCAGUGUCUGGGGCUAGACAGAUCCCGGAGAAACGCGCCGGGGAAGCGAGGCGCGGCCACAUGUUCGGCGGGUCGGGCAGCCUGGAGAGCGGGCCUCCAUCCGUGGGAGUCCCGGCCAGUCCCACCCUGAGCAGCUCGGCGGAGUCCAGCGACCCGCUCAGCCUGUACGAAGAGCAGAGCCCGACGACCAGCGAGUCAUCGCACACCGCGCGCCUCAGGUACGCUCGCGCCUCCUCUCCAACACCGUCAGCCUCUCACUCUUCCUCAUCUGUGUCAUCCUCAUCAUCAGACGAAGAGUUUGAGGACGAGCGGAUCGACCUGAACCCGAGCCCCGGUUUUGAGAGCAUGUCCCUGGGCGGCAUGGGCUUCUCCGACGCGGAGCUGGACCGGGACUUGGACUGGAGCUUCGGGGAGUGCGGUGCGGGAUCUCACUUCGACUUCCCUGACUACUGCACCCCGGAGGUCAGCGAGAUGAUCUCAGGAGACUGGCUGGAGUCAACCAUCUCCAACCUGGUGUUCACCUACUGAAAAGAACCACGGUGGAGAGGAACCACGACGUCCCCCCACGUUUUGAACUGUUCAAUCCGCCCCCCCUCCCCCUGACAGGCGUGAGCGUCCAGACCACAAUAUUUCCGCCAUUCUUUCACUGAAUAAGGGAGAGUGAAAACAGGAAAGAAGAGGUGGCCUGUGUGCGCGUUGAAGCCCUGGUACGCGCCGCUCACAGACUUGGACAGCGCUUGGUGUGCUUGACGGGAACGCGCAGACGGGGGAAAUGCUUAGUUUGCAUUUGGACACGGAGGAGGAGGAGUGAAUGUAAGCAGAGAGCAGUGAAACACACGGACUUCAGCUCAAAUGUUCAACUCAAUCCGCAGAGGAUGAGGACUGAGACUGGACUUUGAAUCUUAAUGUUAUUUGGGGUCGGGAGAAGGGGCAUUUACUGGAGAGCUCGUCAUAUUGGGUUUUGUUUAAGGUAUAGCCAGUUCACAUUGACCAUCAAGUUGCUAUUCAGGUGUAGUUUUUUUCCAAACUCAAAAUAGUUUCAAUAUCAACACGCAUGCCCUCCGAGACGAGGAGGAUUUUGUUGUUGUUAAAUGCGUAAAAAUGUUCAUUGCUGCGUAAUUACGCAAUUUGUGUGACCAUAGGACACAAUUCACUAUCACCAGCUUCUCUUUCAACGGCAGGACAUAAAACAAAGACUGACUCAAAACUUCAGAAACCCUUUUCUGAAACCUUUUUAAACACUCAGUGCACAAUUCAGGACCAAUGUUCCCCGACGCGCAUCCUUUCUGCCUAGUGCUUCAACUUUGUAGUUCCUCUGUGUCAGAUGACGUUUUUUAUAUUGAUGUAUUUAUACCGGCCAAACUUUUUUAUACAUAGAAGUAUUGUCCUCGUACAGGUCUCGUUUGUGUUUGUGCACAUACACCUGUCUGUUUCCAGCACGGAAGGGCUAGAAGUGUAUCUUAUUUAAAAUGUCUGACGUCUCCCACUUUCAAGGAGAUUUGAGUGUGUCAUGAUUUUCUACUUGUAUUUUUGUACAAAAUCUAUAGAAAGGGUUUUUUUUUUCCGGCGAGUGGGUAGCCUACAACAUUGUUGUUUGGAUCUACAUUGGUGUUUAGACGUGCAGAGGGGGGGUUGUUUGGCACAAUCUGACCUCACACAGUGUUUACAGUAUUUACCCACAUGCUUCUUAAUGGCACAGUGACUCCAGUUUCACCAGCCAAGUAAACAAAGCACCACUGAGGCUCCUAGUCUGAGUGGUGACUGUUUCCAGUAUACAUUGUCCUAAAGUAUAUGAGUGAAAGAUCCCAGAGAGUCACUGUUUGGAUAGAGCUAAUACCUCUGUGUGCUUUUUUUUUAUAUCAAGAUAAGUUUUAUUUGAACCACUGGAUGGAAUUUCACACUCAUUCCACUUUGCCUAGACUUUGGAGGGAGGGAGAUGUAUGAAGUGCUUCAUCUGUUAUUGCGCAAAUUGCAUCAAAAAAUAGUAUUUAACCUUUCUGUACCUGUUGGCUAAGUAUAGCAGGCUAAUUGUUUUCCUAUAUUAUGGCAUGGCAAAUAGCAUUUGUAUUUCAGAUUCAGGUAUAUGUAGCUAUAGCUGUUGUGUUUAAGAUUUUUAAAAGAAGAAUAACAUGAAGAUAUUUAUGUAAACUGACUGUACUAUAAGCAAAGAUUGUGUGUUUUAUGUAUGAUGAUGAUGAUCAACGACAGGCACUAGGACAGCCAUCUUUGGACAUCGUUAUGUUGAAGAUGAUUGUGGUCCAGGAGUUUCUUUUUCUUAUUUUUUACCUUCGAGACAUCUUUUCUAUCGUCCUUUUCUUUUUUCAUUUGUGCAAUAUGCUGUGUAUGAUCAUGUUUUGUCCCAUCAUGCCAAUAUCAUUUGAUGUUUAUAGCUCAAAACCAGCCAAUGUUUGGGUCAAUCACUGCCUCUCAGACCUCUGUACAGAUUGUUGUUUUUUUAAAAUUUGUUUUUCUUUUCUUCCAAGAAGGAAAUAAAAUCAGCUGGAACUGAAAAGCACAA